UCUCGCGAGAGCGCGGCCCGCCCCGCCCCGCCCCGCCCCGCCCGGUGCCGGCCCCGCCGCGCGGGCCCUGACGCCGCCGGCCGGUUGGGGGGCAGCAGUGAUGCUGACUCUGGCGAGCAAGUUGAAGAGAGAUGAUGGAGUCAGAGGAGCUCAGGCAUCUCAUCCAGCUUCUGAUUCCACUCGGAGAGUUUCUGUCCGGGAUAAACUGCUGGUGAAAGAGGUGGCCGAGCUGGAUGCAAAUUUACCUGCGACCUGCCAGGUGAGCUUUGCUGACCCAAACAAGCUCCAUGACUUCCAGCUGACUGUGACCCCAGAUGAGGGUUACUACCAAGGGGGCAAGUUUCAGUUUGAAAUCGAAGUCCCUGAUGCCUACAACAUGGUGCCUCCCAAGGUGAGAUGCUUGACCAGGAUCUGGCACCCAAACAUCACGGAGACGGGCGAGAUCUGCCUCAGUCUGUUGAGGGAACACUCCAUCGAUGGCACGGGCUGGGCCCCCACGAGAACAUUGAAGGAUGUUGUUUGGGGCUUGAACUCCUUGUUCACUGACCUUCUGAAUUUCGACGACCCGCUGAACAUCGAGGCUGCAGAGCAUCACUUGCGGGACAAGGAGGACUUCCGGAGUAAAGUUGAGGACUACAUGAAGCGCUACGCCAGAUGAUGAAGGAUGAAGGUGAUGAAGGUGAUGAUGAUGGCAGGACCACAGCUUCCACCCUCCAGUUGUCCUUCACUUCUCCAACCAACCCAGGUCGCACCAGCCCCGUGUCCACCUCGUGCUGAAGGAGAAACUUCAUCCCUUCCCAGGUCCAGAGGGGGGAUUUGGGAGAGGAGCUGGUGUUGGUUGGGAAGAGUCGUGUCCUUCCUUCUCAAGAUGGUGACUCUUGUGGCUCGUUCCACGGAUCCGCUCGGGGCGGCCAAGGAAUCAUUAAUGACCUUGGAAUGA